AAAUGUCAAAACAAAGUUUUGACAUUUUGUAUAUAAAAUGUCACAAAGCAAAUAAAAUAUUGACAAUUUUAAUAAAAAUAAUGGGAGUACCUAUGUGCUGGCUGAAAUUUCGCAUGAGCAUUCCUGUAAGGUAAAAAAACAACUUAAUUGUUUCCAAGCAAAAUAAAUGCAUGUGAGAUUUGUCUAUUUUUGUGAAGAAACAAGAAAAUGAUUAUUGGAUUAAAAUUGAUUUCAUAUCCCAAAUAAUAAUAAAAACUAAAAUGAGCGAAAUUGAUAAUAGUAAAGAAGACACCAACAAUACCGUGCCGAGUGACACGAUUUUGAAUCAUUUGGAAAUAUCAGUAGCAGAGUCUGAGAAACGUGUAACAGGAUCAUUGAAUCUACGGGAUUAUUACACUGUGUAUCUAAUAGAAAUCAAGGUUACGGAUCCAGAUUUUCAAAAGAAAGUUGGCAAACUAACAACAGUAUGGAGAAGAUACACUGAAUUUGAACAGCUUCAUGAUUAUUUGGAGGUGACUUAUCCAUUUAUAGUGAUACCUCCGCUGCCAGAAAAGAGGGUGAUGUAUGGUUGGCAGAAAAUUUCUAACGACACUUUUGAUCCUAAUUUUGUUGAUAGACGGAGGGCUGGAUUGGAAAAUUUCUUGCUAAGGAUUGCUGCACAUCCUGUCUUGACGUGGGAUGAGCAUUUUUCAGAAUUUUUGCAGCAGGAAGAAGGGUGGAGAGAGUCUUAUAAAGCUAACGGUUACCUCCAAUUGGUGGAAAACAAGAUAAAAAGCCUCAGCGUAUCGGUUAGAUUAAAAAAACCGGAUCCCGAAUUCGAAUCCGUGAAAGAAUAUGGAACCACUCUAUCGACCAAUCUAAAUAACGUUCUCAAAGCUCGUUCUAGAGUCGCCGAGAAGCAGUUCAACGUCCAUAAGCUUCACGCGAACUACGGAAGGGUUUUCAGCGAAUGGAGUGCCAUAGAGAAGGAGAUGGGGGACGCCCUACAGAAAACCGGCCAUUAUUUGGAUUCCUUGGCUUUAAGCAUAGACGCGAGCCUCGAGGACGAAGAACUCUUGGCGGACCAACUUAAAGAGUAUCUGUUCUUCGCGUAUGCCUUGCAAAACCUCUGCAAGAACCACGAAAUGAUGCAGUUGCAGCUAGAAGACGCCGAAGAUAGCGUAACCAAUAAAAAUACCGAACGUAAUAGAGUGCAAUUGGGCAAAACGGGUCUCAUGUCCAAACUUUUCGGUGCAGUGGACACCGAAGAGGUUAGAGAGUAUAAGGUCAGUUUGUUGGACCAGCAGAUUCAGGAUGGUGUUACGACCGUUAACAAUGCCAAAGAUGGUUUAUGUGAUUUUACUGAAAAAGCGAAAAGUGAUAUCGAGCGGUUUCAGAAUCAAAAGGUUUUAGAUCUCAGAGAUACUCUUAGCAGCUAUGCAUUUCUUCAAUUAAAAGUUGCUAAAAAGGGUUUGCAAACUUGGGUUCAGAUCAAGGACUGCCUUCAGAGUAUUCCAUAACUGUGCUUAAUAACGUACCUAUACUUAAAUUUAUCCUAUACCUAUGAUUAUAAUUUACAUUUUUGUCAAAAUGAAUCGAAUUUUUAAGAUAAAGC